AUGUCGGGUCUCAACGAGCCACAGACCUUCCUCGCCAAGUACACCUUGUACAAGCGAGCCACCGAAUACAUUGCAGGAUGGAUUGCCGAAACCGCCGCGUCCAUCGGCUUCGAAGUCAAAACGAAAGAACAAAAACAGACAAAGUCGAAAUCGAAGUCGAAAAAGGGCGCGGGCAGGAAAGGCAACCAGAAUGCGAAUGGUGGAGGUGGUGGCACAGUAUACCAACUCGGAGUAUCGGACUUUGUACCCAUGGCAGAAGCGAUAGCUAAAGCUGGAGAAGAAGCAGAGUCUGAGAUUAUGGUCCCUGUUGCUUUAUGCAGGCACUUCAGUCGCGCCAUUCAGACACGUCGGAAGGUCUCGCAAUGGUACAAGGCGAAAGUCAACCCGGAUACAAACAGUGACCUGCGGCACGAAUAUUUCAUCAAGGUUCUCGAGGACACCUUCGCAUCCCUCAAGCCAUUCCUCGGGUCGGGCGGACCAGAAAUCGCACGCAACAAUGGUUCCGCUACUAAUGUGGCUGACUUAUCUUCACGCAAUCGCUUCGCGGGGCUGACCGUCGAUGAGCUCGUGGCACUAGCCGACGAGGAAGAUAUUGCCGAAGAUACACUCCCUGACGUAUCUAAUGUCACGCUCGAGGAAGCUGAGGAAGACAAAGAGGACGACUUCUGGAUUGCUGUUGCGCUUAUGCUACAGGAGCAACAGGACAUGAGGGAGGUGGUCCGUGACAACUGGCAGAAAUACAAGAGCGGCAAAGUCGACUUGAUUGUGGCAGCCAUGACCACGGAUACGGCUAUUAAGCUUGCUCAAAGUGCGGAGGCGAAGUUCGACUUGCUAGUAACACGACCGAAGAAAUAUCCAGUCACCGAGUAUCCGGUCUGGACGCUCCCCGCCGUUCUUUUCUACAACAACCACGAGGAUAUGCACAAGUGGUCUCUCGCGGAGAUUGCAAAGCCUUCCACCAGGCUUGGCGUUACAGCGGACGCCCAGAGUGAAGCACAUUUCGACUUCUGGCCGGUCUUCGCUGGCUUGAAGUUCUACCUCCACAAGCACAUGACAAAAAAGAACUCGAUUCCGCAAGUGAUGCCGAAGGACUUCGGCGAUGCCAACAUUCACAAUCGAACAUUCAGAGCAAUCGAACUUGCCCAAAUCAUGCGGAUCGUCGCCAAAGCAGCCAAACGCCCACCACUGCUGGAUAUGGUUUCCAAAGGUCUAUUGGACAUGUUUACCGAGCACAAGAUCCCAAUGUGGCUUACAUAUGGCGUCCAGCUUCAUUUCGACUCGCAAGACAUCAUGGGCGAGAUGACCAACCGACCGCAUUUUGAACUUCAGGUCUACCUGAACCAUCUAAUGGGAGUAGAACAGGCCAUUACGAAUAACUGGGAGGAUCCGAUGAUGCCAGACAAUAUCCAAGAUGAAUGUUACAAACCUUUCAGAGAAGCAUACAACGACAUCAGUCCCUGGGCCAACCAUGACGGAUUUGCCGAACAAUGGCAACAGCUUGCGCAAGAUCCAAAGGUCAAUGGACACCCCAUCUUCGGGAUGAUGAAGAAAAAAGCGUUCUACAUAUAUAAACACCAUCCUUUGCUCAACGGCAUGUUGAAGUACCACUUUCUCGUUCACUGGCACGCGGCUGGCCUGUCACACGAAGCAACUUCAUGUUCUCUUCUUUUCAUGGCUCAUGUUUAUAUGGGGACACAGCUGAGAAGCCCUUCCGACCCAGUGUGGCCCGACAUGGAGUUCAUGCUCUUCAGCCAGGAUCCCCGAUACGUGUUGAUCAAGAGACCACCCGAGUCGCCCGAGGAAGCACGGACUCUCUUCGAUCUUGCUACUGGCCAGCCCACGCUCAAGCAGGUGCAAUCAUAUACCUUUGAUCGUCUGGACCUUAGCCGUGGAGAUCUAGGCCGGCCUAGAUAUGAUCCCACUAACAAGUCUCGACUGUUCAGAGAUGCAACCGUGUUUGGAGAGACUGUCUACUUGCCGCGCGGUGCUAGUGGCUGUUGGAUCAAGAAGAUACCCGGUGGAGCCUUCAAUGGGAGAAUCGACACCAUUACUACGGCACUUCUCGAAGCUUCUGCUCCUGAUGCAACCCGUGGCCGUCUCGCGCGCGCGAUGCAAGCUUCUCAAGAGCAGCAGGGACUAAAACUGGAGCCUAUUAACGGCAGAGACGGACUCACAUCUGUUGCUAUUCUGGAACAUUUUGCUUUCUGGCUGCAGGCUGACUUGCCAGAUCUUUAUUUCAACGGAACGUUGAUGCAGCGGCAAUGCUCGGAUACGUGGAAAGCCAUCUACGCAGCGCUCGAGAACGACCCAGCUUGGGAUCCGUCUUUCUCAGAAACCGGACGAUCGCCGCAACAUGCAGCGAAUACCAUCAUUACUACGUCCCUAAUCGAAGGGAAAUAUCCUCGAUUCAUGGACAUAGCGCGCAGAGCGAUGCGCAAUCAUCUACGGCAACAGGAAGAAAACUAUGAGUGCGCGCAAAGCGAGGUAUGCUUGAAGGAUUUGACGAAGUACCACAAAGGAGCCGCCAGGCUCUUUACGGAUGAUGGACCUUUGAAUGUGGACAACUUAUACAAAGGUUGGUCGCAGGAGCACAGACAACAGAGGAAGCAUAAUUUUGCGGCCGCUGCCGCACAGGCCGAGGUCACAGCUGGGAAUGCCGAUUUGCAAGAGAUGUUCCAAGCACGGGCGAUGCAAGCCAUGAGUUCGAUGAUUACGGGCGGCGCGGCCGACCAGUUCACGGGUACCUAUGCGCUUACCGCUGCUGAAGGGAGUUACAUCCAUGUUGCUACCAAAGGUGCAAACAAGGCCGACUCCUUUCCCGAGCAGACGUGGCCGAUAGCAGGCGGUAACUUCAAGGCUCUCGUUAUGCUCUCGCCAGGGCAGAACGUCCUGGAAUUUGCCUACGUCUGCAAUGACUGCCUUGAACACAUCAUCGAGCUAAACGUCAACUACAUCCCGCUCUUGCAGUACCCGCCUCUUCACCUCGCUAUCAUGGUCGCCGCAGACUCGCCAUGUAUCAUCGACUGUCCUCCUUCAAAGGCUGCGGGGAUUUCUUCGGCGCACUCAGACCUUGAUGCAGCUAUCGCCAAGCUGCGCAUGGCGGCUUACAUGUGGCAAGCUAUGACCGCGGAAGACUUGAGGCUGCAAGGUGCUGGGCGUCGAUCGUUCAGGCUGGAUGAGGAGUGGACCGCGGACACGAUUAGUCGCGACUUCCUCAAUGCGCGCGCUGAAGAGACUCUCGACAGUGAAGGUGCCAUGCGAUCGACUGCCAAGGUCAACAUUAUUCGCUCUUCCAGGACUGUCAAGGAAAUUCGCAACAAAGAGGUCGCACAACAAAACCCUACUGCACGUCGUGACAAUGACUUGUUCGACUGGUUUUUGGAUGCGCUCAAGGAGCAAGGAGGUCCUUUCGCUUCCAAUGCCCGACCCAUCGUUGCUGGGUUGAUCUUGGACUCACACUACAGUAUCUCGCAGAAGCUGAUUCUCGGACACGCAGCUCUUGGUUGCUAUAACCCUGACGGAAUCUCACUGGGUAUGUUCGGUAGCCACCUGACCUACUCCUGGCCACGCUUCUUGGAAGAAGUCACAAGCUGUCUCACAGACGUCCGUGCACCUGGAGACAAAGUAGGCAAUGACAACGGCCAGUGCGACACCAUGUGGGAAGCAUGCGCCAUCGGCCAAGGCGCUUUCCUCCAUGAAAUCGGUCACGCAUUCGGAUCGCCUCAUCGCUCUGGCAUCAUGGAGCGUGGAUAUGCGCAAGACUGGCCCAAGAACUUCCUCCCCAAGACCGCGUACUCUGGCCACCUCAAAUCAGAAGGCGCACUUGUAGACCCUCACAACACUCCUAACAAUGCUCGUUGGAACCUAGCUGAUGCGCUCUCCUUCCGCAUGCUGCCCCACUUCCGCCUGCCCAUCGACCCCACAAUCAGCAACGAAGAACGACAUGCUUCACCCGAGGCCCACGCUGAGCACACCGACGAUGAAGGCCCGACGAAACUCGUCAUCAGCUCAAGCAGCGGCAUCGUACGCUUUACUUUCAACCGUACAGAGACAUCCCAGCCCCUCGGCUGGACUCGCAACGCCCCGAAGCGCAUUGAGUAUACGGAAUCUUCUCUCGAAGAGCGUUUCGACCGAUCCCAAGCCCUCCAUCUCAAUAUCCUCGCCUAUAAUGGAAAGGAAACCAACAUCGGCAAUGUUUGGAAACUCCUCGCCAGCAGAUCAUACAUCCGCAUCCCAGGCUCCGAGAUCCGACUCGCCAAGCGCCUAGCCUUCCCCGAUGAGUCCGAUACUCGUCGGUACGAAUGGGCGCAGCUCCUUCAUGAGAAGGGCAAGGACGGAAACCUGCACCGCGCCGUUUCUAUCGAUCUAAGGGUCGGAUGUCUAUGGGAUGGCGGCGUGGUGAAGUAUGCAGAUGGCCACACGAGCCACUGGGGACCUAUGCGUACCUACAACCGCAAGCACCAGUUCGGUGGUCAUGCGUCCGAGAAGAUACGUCUUCCCGAGGGGGUGGAGAUUAGUUCCGUCGAAGUCGUCCCUAGGGAUGGUGUCAGGCUACAUCUUAGCGACGGUACCAGCGCGGGCGAGCUCAACGCGAGGCGUGACUCGGACAUUGUGAGGCUGACACCCAGCCCUGAUGAGAUUGUUGUGGGGUUCUUUGGCAAGAGUGGGAGGGGAGGUUUCUGCGGCGUCGAGGAGUUCGGAAUCAUCACUGUGAAGAGAGAUGUCGGGAUUGCGGGGUUGCCGGAUAGUGUGUGGGAUUUGGAUGAGUUGAAGAACACGAGUGGAAUGGAUGGUGAUGAGGACGAUGGAGAGGACGAAGAUCGAUACGACGACGAGGAUGAGGACGAAGACGAAGAGAUGGACUACGAAGAUGACGAGUGA